GGCAGUGGGGAGGAGAAGCAAGAAGGACUGGGCCUGGAGGAGCAGCUCAGAUUCUAGCUAGCUGCAGUGGACUUGCCUGCACUCUGCUCUGGGCCCCAGCCCUGAACUCUGAUUAUUGUCCUGCUGUCUCCAGGCCCACUCCUGGGGGGUCCUCUUCACCCUACAUUCUUUUCCUCUCAUCUCCCUCCUUGUGGAACUUCUCUCUCUCUCUCUCUCUCUCUCUCUCUCUCUCUCUCUCUCUCUCUCUCUCUCUCUCUCUCUCUCUCUCUUUCUCUCUCUCUUCCAGAACUCUUUUCUGACCUCCCUUGGAGGGCUGGGGAGGCCCAGGUCAUAGAAGAGAUGAGGGAGGAUCUGCUCCUUGGCUUUUUGCUUCUGCGACUGUUUUGGGAAGCUCCAGUUGUGUCUUCAGGGCCUGGGAGAGAGCUCUCCGUGGUGUGGGCCCAGGAGGGAGCUCCUGUCCACCUUCCCUGUGGCCUCAAAUCCCCCGACCUGGAUCCCAACUUUCUGCGAAGAGGAGGGGUCAUCUGGCAACAUCAACCGGACAGUGGCCAACCCGCUCCCAUCCCGGCCCUUCACCUUCACCGGGGAAUGUCCUCACCUAGGAGACCCGCACCCGGUCGCUACACGGUGCUGAGCGUAGCUCCCGGAGGCCUGCGCAGCGGGAGGCAGCCCCUGAAUCCCCACGUGCAGCUGGAGGAGCGUGGCCUCCAGCGCGGGGACUUCUCUCUGUGGUUGCGCCCAGCUCUGAGCACUGAUGCCGGCGAGUACCACGCCACCGUGCGCCUCCCGGACCGCGCCCUCUCCUGCAGUCUCCGCCUGCGCGUCGGCCAGGCCUCGAUGAUUGCCAACCCCCCAGGAACCCUCAAGCCUUCUGAUUGGGUCAUUUUGAACUGCUCCUUCAGCCGUCCUGACCGCCCAGUCUCUGUGCACUGGUUCCAGGGCAAGAGCCAAGUGCCUGUCCACAACUCACCCCGUCAUUAUUUAGCUGAAAGUUUCCUCUUACUGCCCCAGGUCAGCCCCCUGGACUCUGGGACCUGGGGCUGUGUCCUCACCUACAGAGAUGGCUUCAAUGUCUCCAUCACGUACAACCUCAAGGUUCUGGGUCUGGAGCCUGUAGCCCCUCUGACAGUGUACACUGCUGAAGGCUCUAGGGUGGAGCUACCCUGUCACUUACCCCCAGGUGUGGGGAUCCCUUCUUUGCUCAUCGCCAAGUGGACUCCUCCUGGGGGAGGUCCUGAACUCUCGGUGCCUGGAAAGAGUGGCAAUUUUACCCUUCAACUUGAGGCUGUGGGUCUGGCGCAGGCUGGGACCUAUACCUGUAGCAUCCAUCUGCAGGGACAGCAGCUCAGUGCCACUGUCACGUUGGCGGUCAUCACAGUGACUCCUAAAUCCUCCCGGUUACCUGGCUCCCGGAAGAAGCUCUUAUGUGAGGUAGCUCCAGCAUCCGGAGAAGAAAGAUUUGUGUGGCGCCCCCUGAACGAUCUGUCCAGGAGUUCCCCGGGCCCUGUGCUGGAGCUGCAGGAGGCCAGGCUCCUGACUGAGCAAUGGCUGUGUCAACUGUACAAGGGUCAGAAGCUUCUUGGGGCGACAGUGUACCCCGCAGAGCCUAGCUCAGGUGCCCGCAGUGCUAGGAGAAGCUCAGGUGACCUUAAAGGAGGCCAUCUCUUCCUCGUUCUCAUCUUUGGUGCCCUCUCCCUUUUCCUUUUGGUGACCGGGGCCUUUGGCUUUCAUCUGUGGAGAAGACAGUUGCUACGGAGAUUUUCUGCCUUAGAGCAUGGGAUUCACCCACCUCCGGCUCAGAGUAAGAUAGAGGAGCUGGAGCGAGAACUGGAGACGGAGAUGGAACAGGAGACAGAACCCGAACCCGAACCCGAGCCCUCGCCCGAGCCACAGCAGGAGCCAGAGCCCAGGCAGCUCUGACCUGGGAGCGGAGGUAGCCAGCAGGUCUCCGCAGCUCCGCCCGCCCGCCCGAAUAAACUCCCUGUCAGCAGCAA